UUACCCUUGGAUCGUAAUUGACUCAUAAUGGAUACAUUUUUAGAAUUGAAAGAUGGAUGGUGAAAGGAAAGCACUCUCUUUAUGCGCCGGUGGCAGCUGGGGGCCUUAGCAGUUGAGGAAUAUGUAUAUAUACAGAUGUAACACUUCCAAUAUCCUAGACUCGCCGGAGAGGAGUCCUACACCUCCAGCUGACGAAACCUCCUCACCGGCCUUUCUGACUUCGAAGGACUCACAGUCAGGAGAGAACAGACUCCGACCAGCCUCCGAUAUACUUAACCGCCUCGUCUGGGAUGAAAACUACGAUAGCACGGACUUUGUUAUCGGGUACGAGGAUCGAUUUGAGGGACGCCUGGAGGCGAGUGUCAACUCGUGGAAGAGAGAGUCGACGGACGAAGAAUUUAUCCCUCAACACCGCAUCCUCUAUAUCAAGCGGAAGUCAGACUCCGAGAUUGUGUGGGAUAGACGUCGGAGGAUUGAUCAAAUCUUUAAGAGCGGGAAUUCUGCCUUUGAUUAUCUUGCUUUUCUCCAUUGAAUGCCUUCCGGGCAUCUUUUUAGCUUAUUUCGAGUCUCUUUUUCAUAUUACCCCUUCAAGUUCCUUUUUGAUCUCUUCAAUUCUCUCUUCAAUAUAUCUACUAAUAUUAUAUUCCAGUGAUUAUGAGAAUAAUAGUACACGAUAGUAGCAUCUUACUAUCUAUUAGCGGGCAUUGCC